AUACAUGCAAUAUUCAGUCGUGUAAUAAUGAUCGAGGACGGAGGGUGAAGUUCGGAUUGACUAGUAUUGGUGUAUUUACUGUACUUAGAGGGCCGAGCCAGGCGGAGUUUGCUGUUAAAUAUUGUAGUUGACAUUUUCAAUGUAGAGGAGACUAUCUGAAGAUAUUCAUACUGUCAUCGCGAUGAGCUUGACUUAUUAUUAAAUUCGAUCUGCAUCUGCGCUGCGGCCUAACGAAUCGCAAUCCUGCCCUAUCUACCCUGCAUUAGAAUCUUAGAGACAAUACAUUAGAGUGUACAUCUACAUGUAAAACGCGGUAGAGUGUAUUCAUAUACUCCUUAUACAUUAGCUCAUUGCAAGGAUCGAGAGCUAUCUAGAGUUCAUUCGCAUAGGUUUUCCACAGGCCAAGAUUCGGAUUUGUAAGCGGAUCUGAACCUACAUCAUGGCAUUAUUUGGUAACCUUCAAAACAGUAGUAAUAAUGCACACUGGGUGACGUCACCAAAUAAUAGCAGAGAAAAUGCCCUUGAUGGGAGCACGUCCCCUAUCCGAUCAGGUCCUCCGGGGUUUGACCCAGCAGUAGCUAGACCUUCAGGAUCAGGAUCAUCAGCCGGUAGUGAUGCCUCCUCACCUUCCCAGUUUGCAUUCUUCAACACUACGAGCCAUCAACCUCCUACAGGGGCAGGUGUGGCCAUCAGCAUAGAAGAUCAGUUCUACUGCAAGGUGUGCAAAGUGACUCUGUCAGGAUUGGAACCAGCGAAGCAGCACUACGCAGGGAAGCAACAUCGGAAGGCUCUCUCGGCCCAAGACCCUGACCAGAACCCUGGAACAACCUUGUCCUUGGAGUGCAAGGUCUGUGUGAAGAUGUUUACCGGACCAGCAUCUGCACGGCAACACUAUGCCAGCAGCAAGCAUAAGACGGCGAUGGAAGGUGCCGCAUUCUUUGCUCAGAGCCAAGGUCAGGCUGGUACAGGAGCUUCAGGAGCCAUGAAGCAGAGAUCUCCUCCAGGAUUAGGACCUGUGGCUAAGGAAGCUCCCAAUGUUCAAACUUCUUCAAGAGCCGGCCAACACCCUUCAUCCGAGGUGGUAUCCAAUGAUGCUUCACCAGAUGGGGUUUUGAGCCAGCACCAGCACCACAGGAGUUCACCAGGUGCACCGUCAAACCCAGGUGCACCGUCAACUCAUGGUACGGCUGGAGGAGGUCUGCAACAGCCGAUUAGAAAUACUUCCCCUGAGGGCUUCACUGUGAAGAUCAACCCUGGGAACCAACUGCUUAGGCAGCACAUUGCAAAGGUAUGCUCCUCCGUUCUACAGCGAUACCUGAUGCAGCUCAUCCCAGACCUGACUGACCGUAUCACCGACAAAGUGCUUGAAGAACUCUUAAAGACAUCACCCGUAGAUGAUGUCUCAGGCAGAGAGACAGGAGCGAUGGCACCACCAGGACAGAACGCCUCUGCAGAAGAACUGCUGCAGUCUGACAGUAGCCACUACCUUAGCACGACAUCGCUGAUUGAGUCAUGUACCAUGUCCCUUAAUACUCUGGACGUUAGAGGAGGACAUCCCAGGUCCGCUGCUACGUCCCUCAACACCUUGGACAUGGUGGGAGCUGGAAAGUCCCCUGCAGCUUCUCCUACGCAGUAUGAGGAGAUAUGGGAGAACCUCAGGGGCAAGAAUAACUGAUCAUGUGAUCCAGGACAGCGUCUCACAAAAAAGUACAAGUCCAACGACAUCCCAUUGAAAUGCGUGUAUUAAGUUUAACACGCGUUUCAAUGGGAUGUCAGUGAACUUGUACUUAUCACAGUUUCGUGAGACGCUACGUACCCUUGGCAAUACAACCCUGCAUCUUGAUGUUAAGAGAUGAGGAUUGUAAACCGCACCAUUGGUGUAGUCUUGUCCUGUGACCCGGGGGGUGUUUCAUAAAGCUGUUCGUAAAGUUAUGCAUGAAUUUACGAAAGACUUGAAUAUGAAGUG